AUGUACGCGUAUCCAGGCCAGAGUUGGAGUUCGAAGCCUACGGUAGAUCAUGUAUCUGCGGCGAAUGCUACGUGGGACAUGAAUGCGCCCGUGCACCGGCCGAAGGAUGCGUUUGACGACGCGCGGCAGCAUACUCAACAACCGAUCGUGACGGAUACACUUGCGUCAUACGGAUCGCUCGCGCGCUUUAUGGACAUGGACCGAUUGCAGAAAGUGGGUGAAAACGUCGUGAUCGGCGCGGGCGGCGACAUGAGCGACUGGCAAUACAUCAAGCACAUGCUGAGCAAAUUGAUCAGUCAGGAGCAGGAAAACGAAGAGGACGGGCAUAUUCUCACUCCCCCGCAAGUGUAUGCGUACCUAUCGCGGGUGAUGUACAAGCGCCGCUCGGACAUGAACCCCCUUUGGAACGCACUCGUAGUCGCUGGUUUUGACGCCAAAACAAGCGCACCGUUCCUGGGGUACGUGGACCUGCUUGGCACGUCAUACCAGAGCCCCACUGUCGCGACAGGAUUCGGUCUUCAUCUCGCGCAGCCCAUGCUCCGCAAGGCGAUCGAAGGUCGCGAAGAGACGCUUACAGAGGAUGAGGCGCGUGCGAUUCUCGACGAUUGCAUGCGUGUCUUGUACUAUCGCGACGCGCGCAGUCUGAAUCGGUUCUACAUAUCGACCGUGACCAAAGACGGCGUGAAACAGGACGGGCCGCACAGCGUCUCGACAAACUGGAGUUUUGCCGAAGGUCUUCGUGGCUACGGUCCUCAGACGCAGUAG